AUGCAUCAACGGUCAUGCAAAAUUUGGAAAAAUUUGAAAUACUCAAGCGAGGCGCCAAACGAACUAGAGGAUAUCAACUACAAAUUUCCCUCAUCGGCGCCGUUGUCGCCAGAAGUAACAAACAACGACGGCAACUUAUCUGAGGCUACUCCAAACAACGACGGCAGCGGCAAACCUACGGCAACAACAGACAAAGGCAACGGCAACACACCUACGACAGCGACAAACAACGACAAUAUCAACAAUAAUCCUACAGCAAUAACAAACAAUGGCAACAACAUACCUGCGGCAGCAACAAACUUCAACAGCAACAAUACACCUACGUCAACAACAAACCGCAGCGGCAUCAACACUCCUGCGGCAACAGUGAUCGGCACCGGCAACAACACUGCUACAAUCACCCCUCUUCGAGGUAUAAAACUACCAAAAACCGCGACCGAUUGGGAGGAUGCUAACACAUAUUUUCAGAUACAUAGACCGUCACUGCCCAACAUCAACAACAUAAACGAAUUCACUGAACAUUUCCAAUCCUUAAUCUACAACUACUUCGCCACCACGUAUGGUACACAAAACUCAAAAUCCGCUUUAUCAAUAAAACAAGAUAAAUCAAUAAAAGCAAUGAAAAAGACUUUAAAAAACUUGAAGAUGUUAGGCCGAAACAACCGGCAAUUUGAUAAACAAAUAUCAGAUUUGAGCAUGCAAAUAAGAACAAAAUUAUUUUUAGAAAAAUAG